AUGGACUGGCACGGCUGUGGGCUGCAGUACCGGCGGGGCGCGGUGGCUGCGGGCGGGCGGGAGGCGUGGGCAGUCAGUCAGCUGAUGCAGACGGCAUCAUGUGAGCGGGGCCGGGCGGGGCCGGGGGAGCCGCUCUGUGCCGCGGCGGCAGCGAUGGAGGCGAUGGUACCGAGCGCGCUGGUCCUGGCCCUGGCCCUGGCGCUGCCCUCCGUGGCCCUGGAGAACGGGCUGGCGCGCACUCCCCCCAUGGGCUGGAUGUCCUGGGAGAGGUUCCGCUGCAACGUGGACUGCCAGGCGGAUCCCCGCAACUGCAUCAGUGAGCAGCUCUUCUUCGAGAUGGCAGACCGGCUGGCAGAGGAUGGUUGGAGGGAGCUGGGCUACGAGUACAUCAACAUUGAUGACUGCUGGGCUGCCAAGCAGCGGGAUGUGGCCGGACAGCUGGUUCCCGACCCCAAGAGAUUCCCCAGUGGAAUUAAGGCUCUGGCUGACUAUGUCCAUGCCAGGGGCCUGAAGCUGGGCAUUUAUGGUGACCUGGGCAUCUUCACCUGUGGGGGCUACCCAGGCACCAUGUUGGAAAAUGUGAAGCAGGAUGCCCAGACCUUUGCAGCGUGGGGUGUGGACAUGCUGAAGCUGGAUGGGUGCUACUCGUCCGCAGAGGAGCAGGCAAAGGGAUACCCAGAAAUGGCGAGGGCCUUGAACGCCACAGGCCGCCCCAUUGUCUACUCAUGCAGCUGGCCAGCAUAUCAGGGGGGUCUUCCCCCCAAGGUGAACUACACCAUCCUGGCAGAGAUCUGCAACCUGUGGCGUAACUAUGACGACAUCCAGGACUCCUGGGACAGCGUACUUUCCAUCGUGGACUGGUUCUUCACAAACCAGGACGUGCUGCAGCCAGCAGCUGGCCCCGGUCACUGGAAUGACCCGGACAUGCUCAUCAUUGGAAACUUCGGCCUUAGCUAUGAGCAGUCACGCUCCCAAAUGGCUUUGUGGACAGUGAUGGCAGCUCCGCUCCUCAUGUCCACUGAUCUCCGCACCAUCUCCCCCAGGGCCAAGGAGAUCCUGCAGAACCGCCUGAUGAUCCAGAUCAAUCAGGAUCCCCUGGGAAUCCAGGGGCGCAGAAUUGUCAAGGAGAAAUCCCACAUCGAGGUGUUUCUGCGCCCACUGUCCCAGGCUGCCAGCGCUCUUGUGUUCUUUAGCCGGAGGACAGAUAUGCCCAUCCGCUACACCACCAGCCUGGCCAAGCUCCACUUCCCUGAGGAUGCUGUGUAUGAGGUACAAGAUGUGUAUGCUGGGAAGAUCGUUGGAGCCUUAAAAACAGCAGACAACUUCUCAGUCGUUAUUAACCCCUCGGGGGUGGUGAUGUGGUAUCUCCGUCCCAUGGCACUCCCGGUACAACCCUGGCAUGUUGUCAGACAACAAGCCCCUGGUGAGGGUUACCGCCCAGCCCUUCUGUGACAGGGCCCAGUGGAUGGGGUGUGGACCAGUGCCAGGGUGAGCUGUGAGACUCCAAAGCAUGUGGUUCUUCACUGCACAAGUGCCUUUUGCUGCUGAGCCCAGCAAUGCUGGGCAGUGACCAUCCCCUGGGUACCAGCUUGACAAAGUCUGCUCCAUCUGCGUAAACAAGGAAUUCUUGUUACCCAUUG